AUGGUGGGGGUGGUCGGAUGGUUCAUGACGAUCAUUGGAGUCGUGUUGGGAGCAAGAGAGGCAUUGAUGGAUGACUACGGCGAGUUUCUGCCACACAUCCGGUUGGCCAAGGAUUUGAUGGAUCCGAGGAGGUACGACAGUCGUGUCCGCCCAGUGAUGAACCACUCGAAACCCACAACUGUUUCGUUUUCAAUGAGUCUACAUCAGAUUCUUUCCAUUAACGAGAAACAGCAAAACGUCGACUUGAACGUUUGGGCGAUUCAAAAAUGGAAUGAUGACUUUCUGGGAUGGAAUCCAUAUCUUUACGGGAUGAUUAAUACAACCAUACUGCCAUUUGACGCGAUAUGGUUACCGGAUACUUAUCUUUAUAACAGAUUCAGAUUCGCGUGUCCUAGAAAAAUCCGCAUUAAAUACUCAGCCGAAAAAGUUGUGUACACUUCACACGGUGAUUGCGGACUAGUGUAUACACUACCACCAGAACAAGCCGAUGACCAUAACCCUCUUCCAUUGGAUUUCCACGUGGAAGACAACUUCCCGUACUCCGAGAUUUCGAAACUGUUGACACCUUCUGAAUGCAGGAUUCUUCGAUCGGAAUUCGACACGAAGGAAAGAGAUAUCUUUGUGAAGGAGUUGGAAGCGAGGGUAAAGCUUCUCUGGCCCAACUCAUCGUUCUCCUCGGUGUCCUGUGGAAGCCAUGUGCGUGAAUCGAAAUGCGAACGAGCCAUUGUCUUCUCGUCGGAGGCGAAUGAUUGUGGGGAGUGGUUGGGUAAAUGGUUCACGGGAUGUGUUAUUGUAUUCUGUGAUCACAAACAUGUCCUGGCUUAG